AACGGCUAGUCACUAGUGCCAUCAACGGUCGAAAAUUUUUACUUUUUUUAUUUAUUUAUAAAAAUCUCAACAUCAUCUCUCCACAUCACUCCUCCUCUGAGAUUCAUCAUUCGUUUGUCUUCUUCUCCAUUGACUCUCACAAAGAUGAUGAAAGACGCAUUCAGACCGACCAAAUCCGCUCCCUGUUCCCCUGCAAAGCCACUUGGUAUCUCCCGAACUCGGUCUGAAUCAUUUCACGCCAUCUACAAAGUUCCUGUCGGAGACAGUCCUUAUGUCCGAGCCAAAAACGUUCAGUUAAUAGAGAAGGAUCCGGAGAGAGCAAUUCCUCUGUUCUGGUCGGCCAUAAAUGCCGGAGACAGAGUGGACAGUGCUCUUAAAGACAUGGCUAUCGUGAUGAAACAGCAAGACCGUGCCGAAGAAGCCAUCGAAGCCAUUAAAUCCCUCAGAGUCAGGUGUUCAGACCAAGCACAGGAAUCACUUGACAACAUCCUCUUAGAUCUCUACAAGAGAUGUGGGAGAUUAGAUGACCAGAUCGCACUUUUGAAACACAAACUCUUGUUGAUACAUAAAGGACUCGCCUUUAACGGUAAAAGAACCAAAACCGCUAGGUCUCAGGGGAAGAAGUUUCAAGUCUCUGUGGAGCAAGAAGCCACUCGGCUACUGGGGAACUUAGGGUGGGCUUUGAUGCAGAGAGACAACUUCGUUGAAGCCGAGGAUGCGUACAGGAGAGCUCUGUCUAUCGCACCGGAUGACAACAAGAUGUGUAACCUCGGUAUCUGUCUUAUGAAGCAAGGCAGGAUAGACGAAGCUAAAGAGACGUUGCGACGUGUGAAACCAGCGGUGGUGGAUGGUCUUAGAGGAGUUGAUUCUCACCUGAAGGCUUACGAGAGAGCGCAGCAGAUGCUCGGCGAUCUUGGUUCCGAGACGAUGAGGAGAGGAGGGGGUGAUAGAGUUGAGCAGAGGAGGCUUUUCGAUGCGAUGUUCGGGUCUUCCUCUAUUUGGCAGCCUCAGCCUUGUAGAGAACAGAGCAUGAAGCCUAAACCGAAGUUGGAUUUGAGCAACGAGAACGUGAAUGUAGUAGUAAACAACCCAUUAAGGGUGGAAGCGAAACUACUCGGGUCUUCCUCCUACUCUAUAUGUCAGCCUCAGCCUUUUAGAGAACAUAACGUGAAGCCCAAGGCAAAGCUGGAUUCGAGUAAGGAUGGAUACGGUGAUGAGAACGUGAAGACGAAUGUAAAUGUAGUAAACAACAACCCAUUAAGGGUGGAUGCAAAACCAUUCUUCUCUGCGAAACUGAUCAGCAAUAACGAGAAGUUCAAGAGGACGAGAUCUUCGAGCCAGACAAUGGGGAUGUUGAGUUGUGGUGGUGGUGAUGAGGGAGAGACAAACGCUAAGAGAAGAUUGUCGAUGGAGAAGAGAGCGAUGGAGUGUGGAUUACCAGACAACAUGGAGUUUGAAGAAGCGAUGAUCAUGGCUGUUUUGGGGACAGAGAAGAAAGUGGACAAGAAUAGGCUAAAGGUUUUUCAGGACAUCACUUUGUCCUGUCUAAGCCCAAGAGCCUGAUGAGUUAUCUCAUCUCUUCUAACUUAUCUAUUUUUAUGUCAUUCUAAUUUAUUAGUUUUCUAAGUAAAGUUGGGGGGUGGGGUACUUGGUGAUGCCAAAAUGAGAUGAGCUCUUAAUCUCCUUGGUGAUUUUUUUUUAUUUUAAAUGUUUUUGUCAGCUUAAAGUUGCUACAUUAAUGCCAUUGACCAAUAAUGAAAGGUUGAAAGUUAUGUUCUUUGCUAA